AUGUCGGACGGAAAGGACAAGAGCGCAAACCCCAUGCGCGAGCUGCGCAUCCAGAAGCUCGUGCUUAACAUCAGUGUCGGAGAGUCUGGUGAUAGACUCACCCGUGCUGCUAAGGUGCUUGAGCAGCUGAGCGGUCAGACUCCGGUCUACAGCAAGGCCCGUUACACCGUCCGUACCUUCGGUAUCCGUCGUAACGAAAAGAUUGCCGUCCACGUCACCGUCCGUGGCCCCAAGGCUGAGGAGAUCCUGGAGCGUGGCCUCAAGGUCAAGGAGUACGAGCUCCGCAAGCGCAACUUCUCCGAGACCGGCAACUUCGGCUUCGGUAUCAGCGAGCACAUCGAUCUUGGUAUCAAGUACGACCCCGGCAUUGGUAUCUACGGCAUGGACUUCUACUGCUGCAUGACUCGCCCCGGUGAGCGUGUUGCCAAGCGUCGCCGCUGCAAGGCCCGCAUUGGUACCCAGCACCGCAUCAACCAGAACGAGACCAUCAAGUGGUUCAAGAACCGCUUCGACGGUAUCGUCCGGUAA